AACGCCAAGCAAGGAAUGAUCCCCGUGUAGCAAGAAUCUACAUGGCGGGUGUUUCGACAUUACUGUGAUUUGUUAGACUCAGUUAAGGUUUCUCGUCAAGUACAAACGUACGUAAUCACGUAGCACAGUUCCAAGUCGCCUGAACAAAAUCUGCCCAAAAGAAUUUCUUCAUAGUUUCAGGCUAUCCACUGUCAUGUUGCCAACAAGUGGUAGACUUGGUGCCAUUGGUGCUUUGCAUCACAACUUAAGUCAAAUAGAUAAUACUCAUAGCAACAAGUCAUCAAGUUUAGAGCCAAGGGACAGAACCAAGCCUCAUGUUGGUCAGCUGGAAAAAGAAAUCAAGGUGCUGAAAGCAGAAAAUGAGGAUUUAAAAGCCCAUCUUGAAGAAUCCAGAUCAGCCUUGAAGCGCCUGACCUCUGAGCAGGGUCAAGAAAAGUUUGAUGAAAGGCGAAUAAAUCUUCUAAAACUACACAUUAUCCAGCUAGAAAGACAGGUGUUGCUGAUGUCCGAGGCUCUUGCCUCCCGGUCUGCUACGCUAAUGGAGGUGGAAAAUGCAUUGACAUGGCUGUCUGACAAGUUUAGAUACUUUAUAGGACUUGAAAUAAAGGGUUCAGAUGUGCCAGUUCCACGCAGUGAUUUGAUUAGUAUGGUGAGCACUAGUGAAUCAGCCCGCAUCAAGCUCUUCAAGAAUGUAGAGAACUCAAGUAAGGAAAACCUGUCACGUCCUUACAUGUUCCUGAAUGAUUUUCUGAGACCAGGAGCUGAGAAAGAGUAUACCAUUUUAGACACUUGCCUGUGCUGCACAGAGUUUCUGAACCUGAAACAUGUGGCUCAGCUGGAGUCCAAGCUAAGUUUGCUGUUCAAGGAGCUGAUCAAAGUGAGUGAGAUCCUUAGUAGCAGGAUGGUGACUAGCCAGGAAGGUACCAGUCGUCAUGUGACUUCUGCUGUGUGGGAGAGAGAGCAAAAGCUGGUGCAGCUGUCGGCAGCUAUGGCCAGGGACUGUGCUGGUGAUCUUCUCUCGCUAUCCCUGCUUUUUCCAGCUGCCCCUUGGCCAGCACUGAGCAAGCCAGCUGUGAAGGAUGUCACCUACGAGUCUUUGCUGCCUUUUCUGCCACCCUUGCCUCGCAGCAAAGCAGCAGAGGUUGAGCGGUGUGUGACUGCCGCCCUUUCAGCGUGCAAUCAUCACUGCCACAUGCUGCAUCAGGAAGUAGGGGCCUUAAGAGAUGAGGUUCGAUUCCACCAGGCAGUCUAUGAUAUUCAGCUCAAGUACAUACAGGCGGCUUUUAAUGCAUUAAGGGAAGGCUAUAUUAACUUCGAAAAGUCAACAAAGGAAUUAAUUGUUCAGCCCAUGAAAAAUAUGAUUAAAUAUUACAAGUCACUAAGGAAAUUUCAAAGUGAUGAAGACCUGCGCAACUUUCUGCAGUACUUUAAGGAAAACGAGGAAAAGCUGACACUCAUCAUCCAGCAGCUAGAGGCUACGGAAACUGCACCAGAGUCAGGUGGAAAUUCGUUAUCCCAAUUUGGAAAGGAUUUCAUGUCUUGCCUCAAUGAUCUCGUGGUCAGUCGACAAACAGAACGUGACCAGGCUGCCUCUCAGAAGAAGGAACUGCAAACAGCUCAGAAGUGCCUAGAAGAGAGACUGCAACUUGCAAGAAACCUUGAGUCACCUGGGGAUGGAGAUCAAAGCAACAUGGCUGUAAACUCAAUGGUGCAAGAUCAAGCUGCAGCAAAAACUGCAACUUUUACACCACCACGAUCAGGAGAGAUGCAGAGACAGCGGAAGCCAGGUCUAGAAAGUGGCCAUAAACACAAAGACCAACAGGUGAAAAGUAAAAUGCCACCAUUCAAGAUUUCUGACAAUGCAGAAACCUGUACAGACAAGUCCUAUGCUUCUCUUUCUCAGCAGGGUUCAGGCACUAUGCCAGAAGACUUUGUCAGUGAACAUUAUGCACUGGUUUUUCCUGACAUGCAAAAAACAACAGCUCAUGUGAAAUCGUCAUCAGCAACUAGCCCACAGUUAAACAUAAGCAAGUCUCUGCAAGGCAAACCAUCCUCAUAUAGAAAAACAACAGAUGUCCCAGGCUUCUCUAAAACACAAAAGAAAUCUGAGGUAUAUCAACCAAAACUUUAUGUUGCUAAUAGAACAUUACAGCUUCGGAGAUCAGGAAGCUUAACCAGGCUCUCAGAACCUUCUCCAGAAGACAUGUUGAAAAAUACAUCUUUGUCACACGUCAACACGAAAGGUGAUGGCAAAGAAUCAUAGCACUUUUAGCGUAAAUGAAGU